AUGAGGCUCACGUUGGGCGUCACCUUGGCUCUCGCUGCCCGCCAUGUCCUCGCCGUCACUCAGAUUGCGGACGAUGAGAUGAACACCCUCCUUGAUGCCGGUGGUGUCGACCUGGCAGAUCGUUAUGCGCCCAUGUGGUUCUUCGGCCAAUCCCAGAACCAGCCUCCCUGUUAUCCGACAUGGGCAUUUGGCGGCUCGCCUGACACUGCUGAUGUAUAUGAUGAUUCUCAUAAGACGCCUGCAGCAGCGCAGUGCAAGUAUCCAGAUGUCGGCUGUAACUGUCGCAAUCCUGGUAUUGGCAUUGGGAAUCCUGGGCCUCAGUUCCCUAUAUACUACACUUAUCAGAAAUGCAACGACGCCGAAGUGCGCGUGGUGUAUAAUCUUUUCUAUGAAAAAGAUGGGGCGAAGUUUGGGGCCAUCGAUACUGGACAUGACUAUGAUUGGGAGCGUGUGGUGAUCAUUCAUUCUCGAAAUGAUGACAAUAUCUGGGCACCGUCGCGGGCUCUGCUCUCUGCGCAUAGUGGUUAUACCAGUCUGGCCUGGGGAGAUAUCCAAAAUACUCUUACGACCGAGGAGGUGAACGCAGGAAAGGCCAAGGAUCCCAAUGGUGUCAAGAACAAUGAUCACCCAAAGGUAUACGUUUCAUGGUCGAAGCAUGCCCACUUUGAUACUCGCAAUACCGGCUGGAAUGACCCUGCCAGCCAAUCGUUGGAGAAUGCUUUCCGCAGCCAGGACUGGUGGCACUUUGUUGACCCACAGAACUAUAUCCGAGCUGAUGAUAGUACCGAUGCUGGGAAGGCCCUUGGAGCUGCUGACUGGGGACAUGCAAGUAGUAACCCGCCUUCUGUGCAUGCUGGUGUUUGCGAGGCUUCUUAG